AGCCUUCAGGCAAAUGAGACGGGGAAAGCCGCGACCAUCGCAGUUGGAGUACGUAGUCGCGAAUGGACAUAGCUCUCUUCUCGCCGUCCUCUCUCUUCGCCGCCGACGGCGAUUCCUCCGAUGAAGAGACGACGGAGACGAGUCAGAGCUUCGUGGAGAGGACCCAUCAGUUUCCCGGAAUCGAAUUGCUUAUCCGGGAAUUUGCUUUCCACCAGCUGAAUGCCAACUUGCUCUGGCCAGGUACUUUUGCCUUUGCAGAAUGGUUAAUGCAGCAUAGGGCAUCCAUCCAAAGGCGUCGUUGUCUAGAAAUAGGAAGUGGCACAGGAGCUUUAGCUAUUUUUCUUAAAAAGGUAUCCGACAUUGACAUAACGACCUCAGAUUACGAUGAUCAAGAAAUUGAAGAGAAUAUAGCUCAUAACUGCAUAGCUAAUGGCGUAGUGCCUGCUCUUCCCCAUAUCAGGCAUACAUGGGGAGACACCUUUCCCGUUGCUGAACCAGAUUGGGAUUUGAUCAUAGCCAGUGAUAUCCUGCUAUAUGUGAAGCAGUACUCCAACUUGAUAAAGUCUCUUUCUUUUCUUCUCAAAUCCUACAAACCAAAAGACAAGAAUGUGGUUAAUCCAACAGAGGGUGAACAAAAUGUGGCUGUAGGAACAGAUACGGGAUUGUGUUGGCCAGUGUUCCUAAUGAGUUGGAGACGUAGGAUUGGAAAAGACGACGAGUCUCUCUUCUUUACUGGCUGUGAGGAAGCGGGCCUUGAAGUAACACAUCUCGGAUCACGUGUUUAUAGCAUCAGGCCGGGGAGAAAGGAAGCAUCUAGUCUCUGAAGAGAAUGAGAGGUCCGCUACCUGUGGGAAUGGCCGUUCGGGCAGAAAGUCAAAGAGUGUGUGCUCUUGAUUUGACCACAUGUACUGUAACAUAAGCAUGUUUCAGGCUAAAAACACGUCUGAUUCAUGUUUUUAUUUGUUGGAUGGCUUUUUCCAACCAUCAAGCAGGCAUGCAGUUCACCCCCUCCCCCUCAUCUAUUACAAUGGGCUUAGGUUCUUUCAUUUAUAAUUUUUUAUUUUCGUUUCUAUUACUUUUUUUUAUAUAUAUAUAGGAUUCGAGACUUUUUAUUUUUAUUUUUAAAGACGGUUGAGUUAGACUUCUGUUUCGGUCACAUAAGAUAUUUGACUUUUAUAAAAUUAUUUGCUUGUAAGACA